GGAAGAAGAGCGAGCAGACGCAUGACCGGAGCACAUCCGGCUCUUUGUUUGACGUGGUAUCCGGACAAAUUUCGGCUAAUGUUGGCCAGAAUACAACAGUAUAAAUGAAGUCCUAGUGGGGCUAUCUGGCAUGUUUGGCUAAUUUGGUCGAUAUUACGAAGAAUGACCCGCAGCGCUGUGGCGACUUUACUUUGAUUGGCUUCCGUGACCGUCCAAAAGAAACACAAGGAAGAGCUCGUAGUUAGCAGCCUAGCCAUGUUGUCAGACGCCGCUUCCACUCCUCUUCAGGGUUGUGGCUUGCUUGCGACAGGGACCACAGCCACAACUAGCUAGCUUGUUGGCUAGCUAGCCUAGCUCUUUCCCCCCAGUAUUACCUUCUUUCCAUGUCCUUUCUUUGUGCUUCAAUAACGCCACCCGGACCGUUUCGCCGCACUUGCUGGAGGAGACAGCUUCUCGUUUGUUUUAACAGGUACAGCUAGAUAGCCCAGUUGGCUAAUUAGCCAGCUAGCUAACUUUGAAGACGUCCUGCUACCCAGCUAUGCUAAUUGGUAUUUUGCCGUCUUGCUCCGUGUAGCACACACACUUGACACAGAAGAAGCCAGCGAAGGAUAACUUCUCAGACAAGCUCAGUCGUGAACCUGAGCUUUUAUUUUAUUUUUCGGGCUUUGUUGUCAUUUGCCUGCCCACGAUGGCUUCCUCUUCUGGAAACGAUGACGACCUCACCAUCCCCAGAGCAGCUAUCAACAAGAUGAUAAAAGAAACUCUUCCAAAUGUGCGAGUGGCCAACGACGCCAGAGAGCUUGUGGUCAACUGUUGCACAGAGUUCAUACACCUCAUAUCCUCAGAGGCCAACGAGAUAUGCAACAGGUCCGAGAAGAAGACCAUAUCUCCUGAGCACGUUAUCAAUGCCCUUGAAAGCCUUGGUUUCGCAUCCUACAUCACAGAGGUGAAAGAUGUCCUGCAGGAGUGUAAAACCGUAGCACUGAAGAGGAGGAAGGCGAGCUCUCGACUGGAAAACCUGGGUAUUCCAGAGGAAGAGCUCCUCAGACAGCAACAAGAGUUAUUUGCCAAGGCGCGCCAGCAGCAGGCAGAGCUUGCCCAGCAGGAGUGGAUGCAGAUGCAGCAGGCUGCCCAGCAGGCACAGAUGGCAGCAGCCUCCGCCAGCGCUGCCCAGCAGGCUGGUUCCUCCCAAGAUGAAGAUGAGGAGGACGACAUAUGACCUCCCCCCAGGACACCCAUUAGACCUGUUUGAAUCCCUCCCAUGGACAGUGUUAGCACAAAUCUCCCAGUACUGUCAUUGGCCUGCAACCUGAGGUGUCUUUUGAUAACUGAUGUACAUCAGUCCAACAUCAUGAAUGCACAUUGACAUGGACAGUUUUAAAGAUGAGGGGGAUUUCUAGAUAGCCACAUGUCAUGGAAGGAAGUACCUGAAAACAGUUAUUUGGAUUAAGAAGCCGUUAUAGAGUUUUCGAUUCAUCUCAUCUUUACUCUUUUUUCCAGUUAUGUUUAAUUUUGUCCUUACUUUAUGUUGUGAGUGAUUUGUAGAUUUAGAGAUGAAUGUGGAUAUGCUGAAGACAGAAGGUGGUCAAAAAUUGUCAGUGUUUUUGGUUCCAACACAGCAAGUGUUCACCUCUUCAGGUACUGCUCCAUUUGCUUAAUUUUGUUACGCGUUGUUCUAGAUAACUUGGUGGGUUUGGAGAACAGCUCUAGGAAAAUGUUGGAGCAGGUAGUUUCUCCUGUCUUGUGGUCCUUUGGACAGUCAUUUUUACUAAAAGUUUCUUUUACUCCUCUCUUGAUGUAUUUGUUUGGCAGAGGAUCAUUUGAGGGGUUGUGAAUAUGUAAUUGAAUUUUUUGUUAAAUAGAAAAUUAAGUGGGCGUUUUGUUUUAUUUUAGCUCAGUCACACAGUUUAUGAUGCAUUUCUUUUCUUACUUUCAAACACAGUAUUGCUAAUUAGCUACACCUUUCAGAAUCUCAAUAUUUUUGACUCAUAGAACCAAAGAUAGAGGAUAGACUAACACCCCGAGUUUGUGAUUUCCCAAGGUGUAGGUGCUAUGAUGUGAUGCUUGGUUGCUGACUGCAUCCAAGACAAUGUACACAAUGUUAAGGUUUAACUUUCACUUUGUAAGAUGCUUUGAUAUCCCAGCUGAAUUUGUUAUCUCCCCUCCUCCGGCACAGUAUCGGACAUUUGCAUUGUGACUGUGGUAAAAUCCUCAGUGUAAAGAUAAGUAACCUGAUUGUGAUACACAUUCACUUGCCUACUACAAAGCUGUAUUCUUUAAGCAAUAAAAGAAACAUGUUUUAUAAACAAAUAGUU